CCCAGCUGGUUUCUUUACGCGGGAAGCAACGACGCCUCCACGGGGAAUCGGAAGUACUUAUCAAGCAAACGCAAAUAAACCGCAUUAAAAUGGUCGAGCGUAUCGAGGAUCUCAACCUGCCGAAUUCCGUGAUCGCACGGAUCAUCAAGGAGUCUUUGCCGGAGUCGGCCAGCGUCAGCAAGGAGGCGCGAGCAGCAAUCGCUCGGGCAGCAUCCGUGUUUGCCAUUUUCGUGACAUCCUCCUCAACGGCAUUGGCCCACAAACAGAAUCACAAGACCAUCACCGCCAAGGAUAUUCUUCAGACCCUCGCCGAGCUGGACUUCGAGAGCUUCGUGCCUUCGUUGACGCAGGACCUGGAGAUCUAUCGCAAAAUGGUCAAGGAAAAAAAGGAGAUCAAGGCCAGCAAGAAGGACACAAGUACCGCCGAAAAUGCCAACGCCAGCACCGCUGCAGCUGCCGAGGAUGCGACUGAGUGAUCCUGUCCAAAUGAAGCUAUUAUAGAAUUAGACAUAAACAGAAAGCGAGAGUUUCUGAGUAUUUUACAAAGUGUUUAAGAACAAAAUAUAGUUAGCCGUCAUUUUUAUUUCAGCUUCAAUAUUCAUUUCCUUAAAAUAUUAAUUACAUACAUUCAUACAAAAUAAAUAAAAGGACGGUCUACAAUGAUAACUUUUCUAAAACUGAA